AUGUCUCUCGGCAGGCGAGAGGGCCUUGUCAAGCUCGCCCGAAAGUACGACGCUCUCAUCAUCAGCGACGACGUCUACGACCUCCUCCAGUGGUCGCUGACAACGCCGGUAUCAACUAUUCGGCCUCCUGAAAUGCGGCUCCUGCGCAUCUGCGACAUCGACCGCGCCCUGGGACCCUGCGACAAUGACCCUCACGGAUUCGGCCACGCUGUCAGCAACGGCUCCUUUACCAAAAUCGCCGGCCCGAGCGUGAGGACUGGCUGGGCGGAAGCGGCGCCGGCGUUCAUCGCGGGCCUCGCCCGCGCGGCAUCCACGCGGUCUGGCGGCGCGCCCAGCCAGCUCUGCGCUGCGAUGCUGGCUGAAGUCGUCGAGAACGGCCAGCUGCAGAGGUUCGUGGACGAGACCGUACGCCCGGCGCUGCAGCAGCGCCACGGGCUGAUGAUAGAUGCCAUUCGUUCCCAUGUUUCCCCGCUGGGGGCUCGGACGCGCGCCGCCAGUCUCAAGGGCUGCGAUGUUUUUGGCGGUUAUUUCGUUUGGAUGGAUAUCGACAGCGACUUUUCGACAAAGUUUAUCGCUGGCGUGUUGAGGUCUGAGGAGGAUAUCAUCAUUGGUCAUGGACAGAUGUUCACCGUACAUGGAGAUGAGGAAAGUGCAAGCUUUGACAAGAGCGUUCGCCUCAGCUUUUCGUGGGAAGCAGAAGAAGACAUCGUAGACGGCAUUAAGAGGAUUGGUCUUGCACUUGCGCGGAUUCAGGCAAACAAGGAGUAUUAUCUUAAAGUGGCAUCUGCUCCGAGCAACAUUGGAUAA